AUGCAACUAGCGUUUCUGGACUUUGAAGCCGCGUUCGACUCUCCUUACCGAGGCUGUCUUCUCAACGCGCUCCGCGCCGAUGGAGUAGCAGAAAAGUUCGCUCGCUUGCUUGAUGACAUGAAUCAACGAACAACUGCUGCAGUUCGAACACCAGCCGGAUGUACAACACCGUUUGAAGUAGUAAUUGGAUCUAUGGAUUACGUCUACGCCCUGAUGCAAGCAGAUGUGGAUCUCUUCGAAACCUCGAACGGGAAUGAGGGUGGAUGGGCAACCGAUAGAACUCGUCGAUGGGUUCUGUUACCUGGGCCGUAUGCUGAAGAACAACGGCAGCCACGACAAAGAUAUUCGGCAAAGAUGCGCUAA